AUCAGUCUACAAGUGAGGACGAGCAUCAGACCUUCAGACAGAAGUCAAAUCUGAGUUUAUUGAAGGACAGUGGGAAGAUGAGUGAUCCAGAACCCUGCAGAAUUACAGAUGAAGACACUGAAGAACAAACAGAUCUUAGUGAAGAGAGUGAGGAGAGUGAAGAUGAUGAACUCCUAAAAGCUGAGAAAACACCUCAUUUACAGACUGAAGAUGCUUUAAUGCAAAGAAACAAGAAAUGUUUGACCUGCAGUGAGUGUGGAAAGAGUCGGACAAGCAAGUUUAAUCUUGAUCAACACAUGAGGAUUCACACUGGAGAGAAACCAUUCACAUGCACUCAGUGUGGGAAGAGUUUCAGACACUCAUACUACCUUAAUGAACACAUGAGGAUCCACACUGGAGAGAAACCAUUCACAUGCACUCAGUGUGGGAAGAGUUUCAGCCGGUCAUCAUCCUUUAAUGAACACAUGAAGAUUCACAAAGGAGAGAAAAUCCACAGAUGUGAUCAAUGUGAGAAAACAUUUUUGAGGGCGUCAGGACUGAAACUCCAUCUCAGAACUCAUACAAAGGAGAAGCCUCAUUCAUGCUCUGAGUGUGGAGAGAGUUUUACACAGCUGUCACAUUUAAGACGACAUCAGAAGAUCCACACUGGUGUUAAAGAGUAUAUGUGCUUUGAGUGUGUGAAGACUUUUAGUACAGCUGCAGAACUGCAACAGCACCAGAGGAUUCACACUGGAGAGAAACCGUACAAGUGUUCACACUGCGAUAAGAGAUUCGGUCAGUUAGGAAGCCUGAAAAAACAUGAGAGGAUUCACACUGGAGAUAAACCGUACAAGUGUUCACAUUGUUAUAAGAGAUUCAGUCAGUUAGGAAGCCUGAAAACACAUGAGAGACUUCACACUGGAGAGAAACCGUACAAGUGUUUACAUUGUGAUAAGAGAUUCAGUCGAUUAACAAAUCUGAAAACACAUGAGAGGAUUCACACUGGAGAGAAACCGUACAAGUGUUCACACUGUGAUAAGAGAUUCAGUCGAUUAACAAAUCUGAAAACACAUGAGAGGAUUCACACUGGAAAGAAACCGUACAAGUGUUCACACUGUGAUAAGAGAUUCAGUCAGGUAGGAAACCUGAAAAUACAUGAGAGGAUUCACACUGGAGAGAAACCGUACAAGUGUUCACUCUGUGAUAACAGAUUCAGUCAGGUAGAACAUCUGAAACAGCACCAGAGGAUCCACACUGGUGAGAAACCGUUCAAGUGUUCAAACUGUGAUAAGAGAUUCAGUCGAUUAGCAAAUCUGAAAAUGCAUGAGAAGAUCCACACUUAAGAGAAACUGUACAAGUGUUCACACUGUGAUAAGAGAUUCAGUCAGUUAGGAAACCUGAAAACACACGAGAGGAUUCACACUGUAGAGAAACCUUUCACAUGUACUCAGUAGCCGCGUUUCCACUAUCGCGCCUAAAGCGAGCGAGCCAAGGCCAGUGGGGUUUCCACUGUCAC